AUGUCGUUGUUACAGGGUGCUGCUCCUCAAUGGUAUCUUUGUCGCCCUUGUUCCCGAACCUUAAGUCGUCGUGCGGUCGUUGUCUUAUGCAUUACAUUCGCAAGCUCUAUCGAAAGAAUUGCUGUACAUCAGCAAUUAAUUAUCUUUAUUCGUGAAAGCACAAACACCAACCAGCCUUCACGAGAAUCUUCCCCUCAAGCACAAACACCAACCAGCCUUCAAAACCACCUUCCCCUCAAGCACAAACACCAACCAGCCUUCACGAUAAUCUUCCCCUCAAGCACAAACACCAACCAGCCUUCACGAGAAUCUUCCCCUCAAGCACAAACACCAACCAACCUUCACGAUAAUCUUCCCCUCAAGCACAAACACCAACCAGCCAUCAAGACCACCUUCCCCUCAAGCACAAACACCAACCAGCCUUCACAACCACCUUCCCCUCAAGCACAAACACCAACCAGCCUUCAGGACCACCUUCCCCUCAAGCACAAACACCAACCAGCCUUCAAGACCACCUUCUCCUCAAGCACAAACACCAACCAGCCUUCAAGACCACCUUCCCCUCAAGCACAAACACCAACCAGCCUUCAAGACCACCUUCCCCUCAAGCACAAACACCAACCAGCACCUUCCCCUCAAGCACAAACACCAACCAGCACCUUCCCCUCAAGCACAAACACCAACCAGCACCUUCCCCUCAAGCACAAACACCAACCAGCACCUUCCCCCUCAAGCACAAACACCAACCAGCACCUUCCCCCUCAAGCACAAACACCAACCAGCACCUUCCCCUCAAGCACAAACACCAACCAGCCUUCAAGACCACCUUCCCCUCAAGCACAAACACCAACCAGCCUUCAAGACCACCUUCCCCUCAAGCACAAACACCAUCCAGCCUUCAAGACCACCUUCCCCUCAAGCACAAACACCAUCCAGCCUUCAAGACCACCUUCCACUCAAGCACAAACACCAACCAGCCUUCAAGACCACCUUCCCCUCAAGCACAAACACCAACCAGCACCUUCCCCUCAAGCACAAACACCAACCAGCCUUCACGACCACCUUCCCCUCAAGCACAAACACCAACCAGCACCUUCCCCUCAAGCACAAACACCAACCAGCACCUUCCCCUCAAGCACAAACACCAACCAGCACCUUCCCCUCAAGCACAAACACCAACCAGCACCUUCCCCUCAAGCACAAACACCAACCAGCACCUUCCCCUCAAGCACAAACACCAACCAACCUUCACAUGAAGAAUUUCUCCUCAAACCUGGACUCAGAGCGCAGAAAAUGAAGAUGGAGUUCCCAGACAUCAGCUGGACAAUGUGA